GUGAACGCCCUUGAAAGCAAAAAAAAGUAAUUCUAUUUUUAACCUCAUCUAGUGACGGGUCAGGGCUAUAAAAUAGUUGUUUAGAAAAAGAUUUAUUUAUUCAAUUGAACUGUGGACCUUUCAACCUAAAAUAACAUAAACUAGAGAGUUCUACUUUCAAAGGAAAUGAGCGCUGAACAUCAGAACAACUUUCAACACAUUCUUCCUGGCCAGCACGUCUAUGACGGAGUUUUGUUCUUUGGGUACUCGCCCCCGGAAACGCUGGAUUUGGUGAAGACAUUUCACGUUAGAGCUGAUGACGUCUUCCUUGUGACGUACCCAAAAGCAGGUACGACAUGGCUUCAAGAAAUCGUAUGGCUACUUAUGCAUGAGGGCGAUUUCGAAGGAGCCUUGGCCACGCCAGUCUACAUUCGCUCGCCGUUUCUAGAGUUUAAGGACCUGACUCUCAAUGAAAUAGGCUUGGACCUGGCCAGCACCAUGCCCUCCCCAAGGGUCAUCAAAACACAUCUUCCCCUCAAGUUGGCACCAAGAGAGAUUCUUGUCAAAAAACCAAAGGUCAUCAUACUAUUUAGGAACCCCAAAGACGUCUGUGUGUCAUAUUUCAACUUCUACAAGUGCAGCUCAUCUUUUGGCAACUUUCAAGGCGAUUGGCCAGAAUUUCUAGCCAUGUUUUGUGAAGGUCACGUUGAUCAUGGCUCCUGGUUUGAUUUCACAAAAAGCUGGUGGCCACUCCGGGAAUUGACGAAUGUCAAACUCGUUUUUUACGAAGAUCUUAAAAGAAAUCCUUUCGGGAUCAUUAAAGAGCUCGCAGACUUCCUCGGAAAACAGCAUUUGGAUGACGUCACCAUAUCACGCAUCGCCGCCCACUGCAGUUUUGAAAAGAUGCGUGAAAACCCGAUGACCAACCAUCAAGAUGUGUACUCCAUCAACAGCCAGGUGUCGCCACUCAUGAGGAAAGGUCAAGUAGGAGACUGGAAGUCUGUGUUCACAGUACAGCAAAAUGAAGACUUUACUCAGAUCUACCUGGACAAGUUGUCUCACCUGGAGAUACCUUUCACUUACCAGCUGGACUUUUAAUGUCAUCCCAGCUUGUAGACUUAAUCAUGUAGACCAACUAGGAUUUCAUUAGAGGUUUUUUUUUCAGUUCUUAUGGAUGGUUAAGUGAUAUGCGCUCUGGGCUGUCAUUUCUCUGGUCCCGUCUUCAAGCCCUGACUGCUGCCGUUCUGCGGAAGGUUUUGGCUGGAAUUUGAUAAUAUUAAAUCCCGUAGGAACAACAGUGAUUAAUUGAUAUGGUGGCUACUAGUUAAUUAUUUCAGUAGUUCGAGGAACAUCUUUUCAGGCCCCACGGAAAACAAGGGCUCCGCGGAACACAGUUUCGGAAACACUGAGUUUACUCAUGAAAUCAAUAAACUCAGUCCAAUGAAAUUGGCUGUCCACCUACCUUAGAACUCAUGCAAUUUUGUAAAUUGAAUCUUUCUGCUUUUAUAAUUUUAUUAGUGGCCUACGAAAGGGGAAUAGACGCUAUUAGUUUUGUAUGGUCCGUCUGUUCGUCCGUCCCGUUUAGAUCUCGUAAACUAGAAAAGAUAUUGAAAAUCCAACAUCAUGAUAUAUUAGACCAUUCAGAGUUCUGAUGCAACGGCUACUAUAUUCCUUUCUUAAAGCAGUAAACUAAAUUUGUAAUAUCAAUUAUGCAAGCAGUUUUUUAAAAAUAAAAAUACGUCAAUUUUACAACUAUUAACUAUUAAUAGUAACAAACACUGGAGGCACAUAAGGGAGAUGAAUAUUCUCCAUAUUUUUUAACACAUUCAUGCUAACGGUUUUAAAUUUUUUUUUUCAUAAAAAAUAUUUUUUUUUUGCAAUUUUUUUGCUAAGUUAAGUAAAUUUUGCCAUACCAAGAACUACAUUUUUAAAAAAUUAAAAAGAUUAAAAAUCUAUUUAAUAUGCAUAUAAGUGGAAAAUAAUUUAAAACAACAAUUAAAAAUUAGUUUAUCAUAUUGUCUCGUGAACUACCGCAAAGGCAUAUAUACAUGACGCACGGAACUAAAGGAAGGGGACAAAUAUUUUUUAAAGGAAAUGCUUUUUUGUUCUUGAGACUUUGAAUAAGAGAUUGACCCUUUACAAAACAAAUAGAUCAAUUAGAUAAUUAUUAAAUGACAUAUAAUAUCUUAUAUUGAAUGAAGUUGCAUCAAAUAUUUUGAAUAAACCAUGUAAUUGUUUUGACUCAAAAUUAAAGUAUAUACUUACAAUACUACAUAGGUAUGUAGUCAGUGUAUGCAUUUUGUAAACUUAUAGGUAAUUUAGAUAAACCUUUAUUUUCGAAUGGAACAAUCGAAAUAGACAUUCAAUACGACGUUCGCUACGAUUGUAAUGAUUAUAGCGGAUACAUUUAUAGCUUUCUUGUACUUCAAGGGAGACGAACUACAGCACAUUCAAAUUACUUAAGUAAUUUUGUUUUCUAGCAUCACUUGUAUAUCCACUCUGGCUACCAGAUGUGGUUCUAUAACUUUGAUUUAGCCAAUUUAAACACAUUGCUUCUUUUACUUCUGCUUCCUCUGCAUUCGUAACUGCCCUUAUGUUACUACAGAGAAAUAAUUAUUGUAGACAAUUUAAACCUAAGAAUUAAUUAACAAAGACUUCAUGUUGAAAGAAGUGGACAUUGACAACCAUCUUUUAAUCAAGUCACAUCCUAUCAAGUAAUUGUCACAAAAAAUAUUCACAAAAAUAAUGACGUAAUUUAAGUAUAAAUUCCACUGUCUGUAAACUCUGACCAAAUAGGAAGCAAAUGGUACAUACUAAUGAACUUAGUCCAAGGAAAGAAGUUCCUCGCAUUUGAAUCACAAUGUUAUUCUGCCACCCUCUGAAUGAAAUAUCUCCACUUUUAUACCAGCCGUAUUACGUGCUGAU